GGGUCGCCGUGCAGGGCUCUGCGGAAGACUCGUUGGGAGAGUGGCCUGUGUUCGCUAAGGCAGCGCCUCAGGGACGAUGGCGGAGGGAGACAAUCGCAGCACCAACCUGCUGGCCGCAGAGACUGCAAGUCUGGAAGAACAGCUUCAAGGAUGGGGAGAAGUGAUGCUGAUGGCUGAUAAAGUCCUCAGAUGGGAAAGAGCCUGGUUUCCACCUGCCAUCAUGGGUGUGGUUUCUUUGGUGUUUCUGACUAUCUACUAUCUAGAUCCAUCUGUUCUGUCUGGUGUUUCCUGUUUUGUUAUGUUUUUGUGCUUGGCUGACUACCUUGUUCCCAUUCUGGCUCCUAGAAUUUUUGGCUCCAAUAAAUGGACUACUGAGCAACAGCAAAGAUUCCAUGAAAUUUGUAGCAAUCUAAUAAAAACUCGACGCAGAGCUGUGGGCUGGUGGAAACGCCUCUUUACACUAAAGGAAGAAAAGCCUAAAAUGUACUUCAUGACCAUGAUCGUUUCUCUUGCUGCGGUUGCGUGGGUGGGACAGCAAGUCCACAACCCGCUGCUCACCUACCUGAUAGUGACUUUCUUACUGUUGCUUCCUGGAUUGAACCAGCACGGAAUCAUUUUGAAGUACAUUGGAAUGGCCAAAAGGGAGAUAAAUAAGCUUCUCAAACAAAAAGAAAAGAAAAAUGAAUAAUGCGUCUGCUUUACUGAGUGUAAUGAAUGGCAUACACCUUGUCCUUGGGAACAGUUUGUCUUAAUGCUGUCUGGAUUCUGAAAUGUUACAGAAAUAGCUCCUUGCUCUCCCUCUUUCUGCCCUUAGUAGAAAUUCAGCCUUGCCAAGUAAGGCUUUAUGCAUAGUGUCUUCAUGUGAAGUGUAGCUGAAUGCAUUCUCAUCACUUGGCCUUAUGUGGACAAUUCAUUCGUGAGUACGACUUGUUUUGAUUUUUCUCACCCAGGUUCAUUGAAUUCUUACUUUUAGGCAACUUCCUUUAAAAAUACGUAGUGGUGAACUUCACCUUUUAGUAUACUUAACUGUGACGUUGGAUAAUUGUUCCUGUUGAUCUUCGCUUUAGCUAGAUACAAGGUAGUGGUCUGUGGCUACAGGAAGCUGGUUCUACUGUCUGCUUCCACAGUCUGCUUAAACUGUCUGGCUCCAUGAAUACAGAGACCAAGUUUCCCGCUUCUGAUGAAGAGACCAAUUAAGUAAGAUUCAUUCCUC